UGAGGCUGUGCAAAUUCCACGUCAAAUCGUCUUCCUGCUCCCCAUUCUUGAUGGAAGAGAUUGUGAUUUGGCGGGUUUUCUUCUUCCUUUAUUGGCCCCAUCGCUGCGCAAACUCUGCACACUCAUCUGUCUCCUCAUACUGAAAUCCAAGCAGGAACAGUUUUCUCUGUAAUGGCUGUUCAUUGAGGGCGACUCAAAGGUACCAUGGCUUCCCUGCUCACUGCGCGUAUGCCUCUUAACCUCAACUUCAGGCGGGGAAGGACGUCAGCUUUAGCGCGAAGCACCAGCGUUGAGGAGUCUUCAAGGAACCCUAUCUCCAGCGACAAGAAUCAAUUUCCAGGCAAGUUAGAAGCAGAUGUUGUGGUGAUUGGAAGUGGUAUUGGUGGACUAUGCUGUGCUGGACUUUUAGCUAAAUAUGGUGAAGAUGUUAUUGUGUUAGAAAGUCAUGAUGUAGCUGGUGGUGCUGCACAUUCUUUUGAAAUUAAGGGCUAUAAGUUUGACUCUGGUCCGUCUUUGUUCUCUGGAUUUCAAUCAAGAGGCACACAAGCAAAUCCUCUAGCACAGGUUCUUGAUGCCUUGGGUGAGAAUGUUCCUUGCGCAUCAUAUAACUCAUGGAUGGUUUACAUACCUGAAGGCACGUUCUUAUCAAGAAUAGGUCCCUCAGAGUUUUAUAAGGAUUUGGAUAUGUUUGUUGGUCCUGAAGCGGUUCGGGAAUGGAAGAAACUUCUUGAUGCGACGCUUCCCAUGUCUGGUGCUGCAAUGGCAUUGCCCCCACUUUCUCUGCGAGGUGAUUGGGGUGUUCUUUCCACAGCGGCGACAAGAUAUGCUCCUUCAUUAGUGAAGUCAUUAAUUCAAAUGGGGCCUCAAGGAGCUCUACGAGCUUCUAAGCUUUUGAGACCCUUCUCUGAGAUCCUUGACUCGCUGGAGAUUAAAAACUCGUUCAUCCGAAAUUGGGUGGAUUUGCUAAGCUUUCUCCUUGCGGGGGUGAAGUCUAAUGGCGUACUUUCUGCUGAAAUGGUUUACAUGUUUGCAGAAUGGUACAAAACAGGAUGUUUUCUCGAGUACCCUAUACAUGGAAGUGGAGCAGUCGUAGCUGCGCUUGUUCAUGGUAUUCAGAAAUUCGGCGGAAGGGUCGCACUUAAUGCUCAUGUUAAAAGAAUUUUGGUCGAGAAUGGUCGAGCUACCAGUGUUGAGCUAAACAGUGGUAGCAUUGUGAGAGCCAAAAAGGCUGUAGUCAGCAAUGCUUCUAUGUUGGAUACUUUGAAUCUGUUGCCACAGAAUUCCAUCGCGCCUUCUUACAGAGAAAAGAUAGAGGAAACCCCACUGUGUGAAUCAUUUAUGCAUCUCCACUUGGGUUUUGAUGCACAGGCUGUUCCUGAGAAUCUGGGCAUUCAUCACAUAGUCGUAAACGAUUGGAGCCAAGGUGUUGAUGCUGAACAGAAUGUGGUGUUAAUUUCGAUCCCUAGCAUGCUCGGAAAAGAGCUAGCGCCCUCCGGAAAGCAUUUACUGCACGCUUAUACUCCGGGGACUGAGCCUUACAACUUGUGGGAAGGACUCGACCGCCGGAGCGCCGAGUAUAAAAGGCUCAAAGCAGAGCGAUCAGAG